GGUGGAGACACUGCAGGGUGAGUUAAAUACUGUAAGUGCCACCUGAGCUAUACAAAGUGCAGUGUGAAGACUGUCUCCAGCAGCACAGUGAUUCAGUUUCUGGUUUUAACUUAACCAGCCCAGCAAACAUGUCCUUCUUCAAGAAAUUCUUUGGGAAAGUGAUCCAUGAUAGAAACAAUGAUGAAGACACUAUCAGAGUGAAGGGUAAGCCCAAACCUAAGUAUUAUGGAACAGUCUCCCCAUAUCCCAACUUCAAUGCCAGCAGUGAUGCUUCAGUUCUUCAGAAGGCCAUUGAAAGUAAAGGAGUGGAUGAGGAUGUGAUCAUUGCAGUCCUGGUAAAGAGAAGCAACGAGCAGAGACAGAAGAUCAAAGUAGUUUAUGAAGCGUCCACCGGGGAGAGGCUGGAUAGAGCUCUGAAGUCAGUUCUCAGGUCAGAUUUAGAGGAUAUCUCUCUGGCUCUGCUCAUGUCGCCUGCUCACUUUGAUGCCUACCUGCUCAGGAAAGCCACAAAGCGACUGGGAACCGAUGAAAGCGUCCUGGUGGAGGUUCUGGCAACAAGAACAAAUGAAGAGAUUCUUGAGCUCAAGCGGGUCUUCAAAGAAGAGUAUGACACGGAGCUGGAGGAAGUUAUUAAGGAUGAAACCAGUGGUGACUUCACCACAGCCCUUCUGGCCAUGCUGAAAGCCAACAAAGAUGAGACCGAUGAAAUUGACAUGGAUCUGGCCCGAAGAGACGCAGAGACUCUGUUUGAGUCAGGUGAGAAUACCUCCGGAGUCAAUGUUUCUGCCUUCAUCGACAUCCUGACCAAACGGAGCGGGCCACAGCUCUCUAAAACAUUCCAGCAGUAUGCUCGCAUCAGUGAUCUCACAUUACCCAAAGCCUUGGACUUGGAGCUGAAGGGAGACAUUGAAGACUGUCUUACUGACAUUGUGAAAUGUUCCUGGAACACCCCAGCUUUCUUUGCUGAGAAGCUCCACCUGGCUAUGAAGGGAUAUGGCACAUGUGAGGACACACUGAUCAGGGUGCUGGUGAGCCGCUCUGAGAUCGACUUGAAGAAGAUUGUCGAGGAAUACAAGGCCAUGUAUGACCUCAGAAUACAGGAGGACAUCCUGAAUGACACAAAGGGACAUUAUCAGGACGUCCUGCUUGGACUGUGUGGACCUCACUGAGAUUCUGUUGUAACCACUUUACUGGAAAUCCAGGCAUAUUUUUUCACUGGAUGCCACAGAAAUGUAAUUAUUACAACUAACAUCAUACAAAGCUGGCAGUGGUAAUAACAGCUUGUUCAUGUUGUCAUGUGUAUAAUAGUCAAAAAUGUAUUAUGAUGUAUUGGAAACUAAUCUAGAGAUUUGGAAGACACAAAAGGUGAUGAAGAAGAAAGCAAGGAGUACGAUAUUUCUCCUGAAGGUUUUAAAAACAAUAUUUCACCAACAUUCUGUAAUACAUGUGUUUAACAAAGUUCAUUUUAAACCCCCUCAAUGAGACUAUGUUAGAAAUAAAAACAUAUACAGCUCCG